AUGGGGACGAUUCAGCUUGCAGUGUUCAUGUUGGCAGCAAUAGGCUGUUUCUGGAUGGGAUCAGUGUCUGCAAUGGAUCACAUUGUUGGAGGAGGUGCUGGCUGGACUACUCCUCCAAACAAAACUUUUUUUCAGGACUGGGCUUUUCCAAGAACCUUUGGUGUUGGUGAUAGACUUGUUUUCCCAUACAGACCUGGCUCCGGCAACGUGGUAGUGGUCAACAAGGAAGACUUUGAUAAAUGCACUCAGAAAAAUGUGAUCUACAUGUACUACAAUGGGCCAACCAUCAUCAACUUCACAACCACAGGAGACAACUACUACUACAGCGGCGUUGGCAAGCACUGCGAGGCUGGCCAAAAGCUCCACGUCAAGGUUGUCAACCAGAAGGGCUCAUCUGGCAAACUUUUCCCAUUCAAGCUCGUUUCCAAAGAUACCAAGAUCGCCGCCGCGCCUGAUACCACUGCUGCCGCCCCUGCUAAGUCAUCAGCCUUGGAUGCAGCACCCGCACCUGCCAAGUCAUCAGCCACCGCCAUCCAAAGUGCUGGCAUGGCUUCUGGCUUGUUAACCAUCUUCUUCUCUCUCUUCAUCUAA